AUGAAUGGCCAUAAGAAUGGGGAAACAUCAAAAGAUGGAUUGCUACUGAAUGGCCAGUAUAAGGAUGAAAACACAAAAGAAUUAUACAAAUAUUUACUCAAGAUACUACUAUUAGAGUAUAGCAAUGAAACUAGAUUUAGAACACCCAUAAUAACACCAAAGAAAGUUACAAGUAUAAGUAGGAAUAGUGCCGUUUUUGACUCAAUACUACCUUCACAAGUCAUUAAAUCAUUAAAAUCACGACUACAGGACAUAAUGACAAAAAAAAUACAGAUAGAUGAAAAAUCACGAAGAUCACUACUACGAUUAUAUGGAGAUCUACUAGAUCCAUCAAAGGAGAUAAGAAAUGUUGACUUUUUAAUUUCAAAAUUCGCUUCUUACGCAGAUCAAGAACUUCGAAAAAUGGGAGAUGAAGAUGCAUUUGAAAUGUUUAGACAAUCUUCCAUAUUUAUAGAUAUGUUGAUCUCAAUGUUAAACCCCAAAAAGGAAAAUGAACAAACUAUAAUAACAAGAUUAAAUGAAAGAAAGAAAGAAUUUAAAGAAAAACAAACAUCAAAGAAAGAGGUAUUUGUGUAUCCACAGAAAUCAUAUAGGGUGGAUGAUAUGAAUGAAAGUUUAUUAUCCAUAAUAAGAGAGAUAUUUGGUGUCGAUAAUAUAAAAAUCCAGACUGAUAUAUUCAAAUAUAAAGACCUUUCAGAUCCCUACUUGCUACAUAAAGAUGUUGAUAAAUUGAUAAGUCUAAAUAAUGAGGAGUAUGUGAAUACUAGAAACUCUAUCAUAGCGUCUCAGUUAAGAAGCAGAUACAAAUACGUGACAGAACCAACUGUUGCCCUACCGGCAAAUGAAAACUAUUUUGUCAUACCAAGUGAUACCAAUAGAAGAAACUUGUACAUACAUCUAACCUCAUUACUAUCAAAUACGGACAAAGACAUACUUGGAAAUAACUCUUUAGAUUUUUUGCACAUAGUAGCUCGUGUUUGGUUCAUUGAUUCACCAACCAAAGUUGCCGCAUUAUAUCAGGCGUGUAAUGAAAGCGAGUAUUUUUUAUCAGCAUCUGGCCUUGAUUUGGUCAAAGCACGUCAUGGGUUUAGUUUGAUUCAAAAAAUUAUUGAAGACAGCGGAUUAUCAUGGGAGGAUAGAGAAAAAUGGUCAGCUGAUGAUCAAAACUUAUGGAUUGAGAAUUUAACCAUUACUUAUAAUCAACUAUUUGCGUCUAUAAGAGAAUGUUUUACUCAUUUGUUCGAUGAAAAAAAUAAGCCGAAAUUUGGUCCAUAUCUUGAAUUCCUUCAAAUGUAUAUUGAGCAAGAUAACCUUUUUCAAUUAAUUGAGGAAUCAGGUCUUCCUAAAAAAUGGGAGAAAAGAUUAACGAAAUCAUUAUUAAAGGUAGCAGGUAAAAGAUAUGAAACAUGUUUAGAGAAUAUACCGAGAGAUGAUACUUUAAAUGUUAUCCAUUUAUUCAACAUUUGUGAUACAAUAGUGAAUGAUAUCAAAUCUUUACAGAAGAAGUAUAAGAAACCAUUUUUGGGGUUCUUGAAUGUUUCAAGAACUGUGGCAUCGAUAACUACUGGUAUGUUCAGUAGCGAUGCCAAAAUGAUUUUGAUUCAUAUACAAAACUAUAUGAAAUUGAGGCAUGAAGUUUUUCCCGUUGCUGAUGCAUUAGAGUUAUAUAAGCUGUUAUCUGAAAUUCGAGAUAUUUAUUAUCAGGUCUCUACUCCAUCUGCCUCAAAAUUUCAAUUCGAUUUGGAACCCUUUUUUUACCCAUACAUAGACUCCUGGGCAGAAGAAUCGGAAGAUAAAUUGAAGAAUAUAGUUGAAGAAGCAUUAAAAAAAGACGACUAUCAACCAAUCAACAUCAAUGAAAAUGCACAAAAGAAUAGUAAGGCGGUAUUGGAUAUACUUGCAAUUGUUAAACAAUAUUUGUCAAUAAUGAACAAACUAGGGUGGCAGAAUGAAUAUCAACUUGCUAAACUUUAUACUAAAUUACUAAGAGCUAUAUCCAGUUCCUUAUUAUUUUAUUCAGAUCAAAUCACCUUUAAGUUGAAUAGAGAAUUGGCAGUUACGAAAUCGGAGGUUGAAGAGUCUCAAAAAAAUUGGUUUGAUGAGGUAAAGAAUGUUGUGAGUAAUAUUCAAGGUAAAGCUGAGCCAUCAAUUGUUUAUAACUUUGAAGCUGAAACUUGUGUAUCGUUAAAUAACAUAGAAGCUAUGAUGGAGAAUUUUGCAAAAGUGGAAGAUUGGCUAGAUCCAGAAUCAAUAUCGAAUUCAUUAACUACUUUUGAACCUCAAAAUAAUUAUUUGAGUCACGUAUUCACGGUGAGGGUACUAAAAGCUGAAAAUCUUACAUUAUCUAAAGAAUCAACCUUCGGAAGGAUCAAUCCUUAUGUUGCAUUAGCAGAUUUUAAUCAUAAGAGACCAAUUGGUAAAACAAGAGUUAUACGACAAACAUCGGAUCCUGAAUGGGAUGAAGAUUUUGAAAUUACAAUUCCAGCUAAUACAAUUUUGGAAAUAUCGGCUAUUGUUUGGAGUGAAAGUAUGGGUCAACAUCAAGUUUGUGGGAAAACUAUAUUUGAGCUAAAUCCAAAAAAAUUUAAGCAUAAUGGGUUUCCUGAAGAAAUUAUAUUAGAUCUUGAUUUACUGGGUAAACUUAUAAUUGAAGUUGCAGUAGAAAAUGAAACUUUGGAUGCGUUGUUUGUCAUGGGAAGAGCAUAUAGAGCAUUAAAAAGAGCUCAAGAAAAAUCUAUUAAAUUAAUGGUUGAAAAAUUUCUGGGUUUUAUUGAAGGUUGUUUUUCAAAAGCUAAUGUUAAAGCAGUUUGUUCAAAAGGAAACCCAGCAAAUGCUGAUUUUGAAGCAUCAAUUGAAACAUUAUGUGACUAUUUGAAUCUAAACUUAAGUACUUUAAAAGCAAAUUUGCGUGAUGAUCUUUUCAUGCAAGUGAUGUUAGCAACAUGGAAUGUUGUUAUUAAAAGUGCAGAUGAGUUAUUAUUACCAAAAUUAUCAAAAGCUAAAGUUGAUGCAACAAGUUGGCAAUCAAUGUCAUCAAGAUUUGCAAAUACUUCCAUAACAUCUGCAAUGUCUAAACUAGGGUAUGAUACUCAAUUAAGUGGUUUAGAAAUUGAAACUGUAUUAAGAUGGUUAGAUUUGUUGACUGAUUUUUUUCACAAUGAAGGAAAUGGGCCUCCAUUGGAAGAUUUGAAAACUGAUAAAUAUCAAUCAUUGUUAUUAAUUCCUGCUUUUUAUGAUCAAUCAGAUGAUGAAUUAAUUGAUGAAGUUGAAAGACUUUCACCAGCAUUUGUCAACAUGCUAACUAAUAAAAAUGAUUUUGUUUCAUCUAAGAAUUUUGGUAGAGCCGGAACUUUAUCUAGAAGUAAGACAAUUCAAGCAAAUGCUACUGUUAAAAAAAGAGCUCAAGCUGCAAAAGAUGCAAAACGAGCUAAGACUGAUAUAAAUGCCAACAUGGUUUCAAAAGAAGAUAUAAUUUUAAGAAUUUUACUAGCACGCGGACGUAAAGAUUUUGUAAGAUUGAGAUUGUCACAAAGAACAAAAUUAGCAUAUAGUGUUGCAACUGAAAGAAUGGCAAGAAUUGCAGCUGAAAAGAAAUUUGAUAGAUAA